AUGCUUGUUAGUACGAGUCAUCAAGACCUAUUUUUCAAAGGUGAACAUCCAGGCAAUAAUCCGUUGGAAACAAUCGGUUCUAUGAAUAUGAUUAUUAUUGUUACACUCUUUUUUAUUGGUGCAAUUCAAACAAUAAUCUUAUCCAUCGUUGUACUUUCUCUAUUCGUAAUUCCCAUAGGUAUGUGUCCCUUAUCAUGUGUUCGAAUUGCAAUGAUAGCGUACUAUUUAGCUGUUCAACAUACUAUAACAAUAAAAAGUCUGGCUGUUAUUGUUGCUAUAUCAUUAUCGUGUAUGGUGGCAUUUUAA